AUGAAUAACCCCCUGCUGCGUACACCUCCGCUCUCAGCCUCGGCGCCUAAUAUUCCGAAGUUAACUGACGGAAAAGCCAAAAAACGACAGCGCCUAGAUGAUGAUGAUGGAGUUAAUGAUUUUAAAUCCUUUAAAGAUGAGAUGAGAGAAAUGCUAGCGAGCAUGAUGGAACAGCAGAGUGCUAGAUUUGAGCGGUUGGAGAAAAACGUCGCAGAUAUUAAAGGACAAACCUCUGAAAUUAAAACGUCCAACACAGAUAUUGAGAAAUCCCUCGAUUUUUUAUCGGCACAGGUAAUUGAUAUCGAAAAGAAGAUUAGUAGCUUUGAAGAUGAAAAAAAGAAGCUUAAUGUCAAGGUUGCAGAGAUUGAUGAAAGAGUGGAUGCUUUAGAGCGUAAUACAAGGAAAACUUGUAUAGAAAUCAGAAGCGUCCCUAAAGCUGUAAGGGAAUCCAAGCAGGACCUGUUCAAUUCCAUAGCAAAAAUUGCUACUACUCUGUCAAUGGAAAACUUGCCAACGUAUAUUCGUGAUGCCUACCGUCUUCCUUCUAAGGAUACAGCUCAAACUGCAACAGUUGUAGUGGAGUUUUCCAACGCCCUGACUAAGGAAACCUUUUUAAAAACGGUGAAAUCAUUUAAUAAAACAAAUAAGAACGCCCAAUUAAAUGCAAGCCACCUCGGUUACUCUGGAACCAACCCAAUAUUCAUCUCGGAACACCUGUCACCAAAAAACAAGAGGUUACACUUCCUUGCCCGAGAGUUUGCUAAGAGAGAAAACUUUCGUUUCUGCUGGAUUUCAAAUGGACGAGUUUUUCUUCGCAAGGAUGAAGGAUACAAGUAUAUCCUUGUUAAGAAUGAGACCAGCCUCUAUCCAGAGCACAUCAACGAUGAAGAUGAACCGAAAUAG